AUGACCUUUCAAACCACAUUCAGGGUGGUUGAAGUUCAACCAGACGUGAAGCUUCGUGCGGAGAUUUCUUUCCCGGCCGAGGCCACGCCCGAGGACGCCCUCACCGACACCACUCUCGUUCUCCUUCACUUCUGGGGAGGAUCGUCGUCGACGUGGGCGCAAGUCCGCUCUCUUCUUGCUCCAAAAUACCCCGUUGUCGCUCUGGAUUUCCGGGGCUGGGGUCAAUCCACAGGCCCCGACGACGAGUCUGCGUACUCGAUUGCGCACCUCGCCGACGACGUCGAGCUCGUCAUUCGCGCGCUGGGAUUGAGAUCUUUCGUCCUCAUGGGCCACUCCAUGGGCGCCAAGGUUGCCCAACUGGUGGGGGGCAGGAAACACGCCGAUGGGCUACUGGGCCUUGUUCUUGUCUCGCCAACGCCGCCAUCGCCGCUGGAGCUCCCGCCCGAGAUGCGCGAGCAGCAGGUGCACGCAUACGACACCCCAGAGAGCGCCGAGUUCGUCACGCGAAAUGUUCUCACGGCUUCUCCGCUUCAACAGGGCACCGUCGACCGCGUCGUCACAGAUAUGCUCAAGGGAAACAACCACGCCAAGGCAGCUUGGCCUGCUUAUGGCAUGGGUAGCGACAUUGUGGCUGAAGCGAAGAGGAUUGACGUUCCGACGUUGGUGGUAGGCGCUGAGGGCGACGUCGUGGAACCAGUCGCAAGAAUCGAGCGGGAAGUCCGCGGAGUCAUUUCUCACUCUGAGCUGGUGAUUGCUCCUGAUUCUGGUCACCUUGUACCAAUUGAGGCUCCGGAAGAGCUUGGGAAGGCUACCUCGAAGUUUCUCAAGGGGUUGGGGCAUCGCUGA